AUGAACGGCACACCUCGUCUUCGCUCCGGCGCCUUUCCCUCGACGCCGCAGUCGACACGGCGCAACAACCUCACUCCUCAGAAGCUCCCCGACAUCAACCAGCUAAGGGCUGCUCCCACGCGGCAACCGCAGCAAGACAACAAUGAAGGUCCAUUGAUCCCCGUCGAUACUCUGGACGCUCCGACCCAGCGCCUCUAUGUCGUUGGUUUCUAUCUCGCCCUGGUGGGCUGGAAGAUGUACGACCACUUUUACCUGAAAGAGGAGGAAACAGAAUCGCUGUGGCUGUUCAUGAAAUGGGUUGCCUUCGAUGGCAUUUUCUUGUUUGGCCUACCCGAGUUGCGCAUUCCCUGGCUCGAGUGGUCUUCAGCGACCAUGCUGCUUCUUUUCUUGGGUCACGCCGCGCUGGACGCAAUUCUCAUGUUCCGCAUUCAGCUCCCUGUCGGCGCCGGUCUGGCUGCUAUUGGCAAAAUCUUCUACGAUCGCGAACUGGGUGUAUCAGGACACCACGUCAAGCAGUCGAGCAUUCUCCACAAUUCGUCCUUGAUUUUGGGCAAGCAAAUCAUUCACAUCCUCCCAGAAGGCUCUGCUAUUCUGAACCCGGCCAAAACCUCAUUUUGUCUCGACUCGUCAAACUCACAAGUCUAUCUUCCAAUCCAGAUCAACCAGACCACUCCAGUCAGCAUUGACCUGCUGCGCUACGAGUUUGACGGUGCAACAAACGAGACCAUCCACAUCUCGGGCAAGGAGAUCAAANAGUUGAUGAAAGAUGCCUCUAGACAGGCCUCACACCCUGCUCCAAACCAACCUCUACUGUUACGCUACCCGACCAAGAAGACUGGCAGAUACAUUCUCGGCAAAGUCAUGGACGAAUCCAAGUUGGAAGUUCAAAGAAAGCGCGUUGGCGACACCAUCAUUGUGUCCUGUCCUCAGGCCAUCAUUAAGUCCACGACCCCAGACGCUUGCAAGGGUGAUCUGUCCAACAUAGAUCUUGAGGUUACUGGAACUCCUCCUUUGCGCAUCAAGUACCGAAAAAUCACCAAUCAAAGAGAGCAGGAAGCUCACUUCCAGAGCAUUCAACCUGAUGACUUUGUUUCUCCUCUGAUCCAACAAUCCUCCGAUUCUUUGGCCAUCCGAAACACCAAAGACAUCUCCUGGGCUCGUGCUCAGACUGUCACUGUUCCUCUGAGAGAGCACAUGGGAGAAAGCGGCAAGUGGGUCUACUCUAUGGAUGAAGUCGAGGAUGCUUUUGGCAACAUUGUAUCCUAUACCGAACGCCAACACGACGACCAGGAUAAACCCUCCGCUAAGGCUGCACAUCUCCACCAAGUCGUGACUGUUCAUGAACGUCCAACUGUCGUCAUGAAAGGUUGCGAUUCUCAGCAUCCUCUUAAGGUCGCCAAAGGUUACCCUGCUACUCUUCCUUUGAAAUAUGGCUCUACUGCAAACAAGGGCAACGGUGAUUUCCUCGGCACUCCUUACAACAUCGAAUACAAGUUCACUCCUGAAGGUCAACUGUCUAACGGCGACCACAGCGAGUCUGCUCAAAUCAAGUCCAUCUCGAUCAAGAACCAAUCGCAAAGGCCUGAAGUCCAGGACGCUGGCUUGUACACACUGCACAGUGUUUCCACUGGAAUAUGCGCCGGUGAAGUUCUAGAGCCUGCAUCUUGUUUGCUGCAGAACCCUGCUGAGCCUAGUCUUCGUAUUGACAAGGAGGAAAUCUUCGACAAGUGUGCCAACAAGCCUAUCGGUCUGCGUGUCGAUUUCCACCUCACAGGAACACCUCCUUUCCACAUUCAUUACGAGAUCACCGAGAAGGACAGUCCCAAUCGUGUGACACAUGUUGAGAAAGUCAACGGCCUGCGUGGACAGAUUGAACUGACCNCCNCUACUGCCGGCCACUACACUUAUCGAUUCACCGGUAUCAGUGACAAUGUUUACAAGGGACAUGAUUUGAAGGGAGAAGACAUGGUCAUUGAACAGGACGUCAAACCCUCAGCUUCUGCACAAUUCACGGAGAAACAUCCUUCACGUAAGGUUUGUAUUGACCAAGCAGUCUCCUUCGAUGUCGGACUUGGUGGAGAAGGACCCUGGACUGUCGAGUACGAACUCGUCCGUGGCAGCAACAGAAAACGCCAUGUUCUAAAGGAGAUUCAUGAAAAUCGAUUCACCAUCAACACAGAACCUCUGACCAAAGGCGGCGAUUACACUCUUGCCCUGGCUAGCGUCACUGACAAAAUGGGUUGCAAAGAGUUUUUGGNNAAGCAGGAGGCAAAGAUCAAUGUUCGUCAUCAGAGACCCAAGGUCUCCUUCGGUCAGAUCGAAGGCUCGCGUGCUAUCAAGACUUUGCAAGGCAAGACCAUGAAACUGCCACUCAAACUCACAGGAGAGGCGCCAUGGACUGUCCGUUACCGAAACCUCCGCGACCCAGAGCACUCGCACAAAAUCAAGGUCGACAGCCCCAACGGCCUUUUCGCUACUUCUGAAGAAGGCACCUACGAGCUUCUUGAAGUCAACGAUGCUAUCUGUCCUGGUGCUGUUGAUGAGAACGCCAAGAAAUUCAGCAUUGAUUGGAUCGAACGUCCACAAUUGAGAAUACCCGAGACUUCGUAUGACCGAGUUGAAGGUGGCAAGUACAUCAAGAAUGAUGUGUGCGAGGGCGAAGAUGACUUGGUCAACGUUCAUUUCUCCGGCGCUCCGCCGUUCCAAUACAAGUACGAUGAGAACAUCGUGUCCGAACGUGGCGCAAGGUCAAAGCGAAGCAAGGCCGUCACUGCUGCACUUGGUGUCUCGUCUAUCAACCUCGAUACUUCGCAAGCCGGCGUGAUCGACUAUGUGUUCACUGAGCUUGCUGACGACAACUACGAUCAUAGCUCGAAGCACUUCACCCCGGUCACUAUCCAGCAGCGUGUCAACCCCCGACCUUCUGCACGCUUCAACAACCCUGGCAGGACAUACAGCUACUGCUCUGUCGAGUCUGCUGGUGAAGAAGUCAUUCCUAUCACUCUCGAAGGACAACCUCCAUUCGCCAUCGAUGUUGAGAUCAAACACCACGGCUCUGCUCGUCCGGAAAUCUUCUACGUCAAGGACAUUAACAAGAACACGCACGACCUUCGUGUUCCUCAUCAGUCUCUGCACUUGGGUAACUCUGCUGUAUCCAUCCGUAGAGUAACCGAUAGCCGUGGCUGUAGCCGCAUCCUCGACACCACCUCGCCCAGAGUUCAGAUCGCCGUCCACGACGCUCCUACGAUUCGUUCCCUGGAGAAUCAGGAGGACUUCUGCGUUGGUGAUCGCAUUUCGUUCGCACUCUCUGGUCAAGCUCCUUUCCAAGUCUACUACGAGUUCAAUGGUGUGGCCCGCAAAGCCAGCUCUGGUUCAACAACCUUCAAGCGUCUCGCAGAGAAGCCUGGUACAUUCAUCAUCACUGGCGUCAGCGACUCUGGUUCUUCCUGUCGCGCAUCCACUAGCAUUGAGAAGAAGAUCCACGGCAUGCCCUCUGUGCGCGUGGGCAAGGGUGUCGAAUCUCAAGUCGACAUCCACGAGGNNGGCGGCGAAGCCGAGAUCACCNUUGACUUUGGCGGUACACCACCCUUCGAGUUCACUUGGACACGCAGCACAAAUGCUCGUCGUGGUCAGAGGUCUGAGGUGCUUGAAAUGAGAAGCGAACUUUCACAAGAUCACCACAUGUCUAUUCGCGCGAGUGAGGAGGGUACUUAUGAGGUGGUAUCUAUUAAAGAUAGAUACUGUGCCUAUGCCAAAGAAGGCAUCGAUUUGACCAAGAAGAAGGGCAAGCUGCUUACAUAUUAA